CCCCAGAAGCGCUGCAACAGCUCACAUUCCGCGCCACUGUCCCAGCUCUUCACAGUGUAGCAUAGCUUAAUGAAGCAAAAAGAGAUUUAUUUGUUGUUUACAAAAAUACUAAACCACCUAAAGCUACUUAAUAAGCAGAAGCUCCCCGUUUCGAUUUAAUCAAAUCCAAACUAAACGACAACUACAAGUCAUUUGCGAGAUUUAAACGUCUGUUAGCAUGAUACAUCUAGAUGUAACGUUAUCUGUUUUGUUUUUACCAAUAUCAUCAAGCUAACAAAAACACUUGCUCACAAAAAGCCUUAAUUUAAAGGUGAGAAGCAGUUCACAGCUUUUACGGUAAUCUUAGUCGAAUAAAAGACAGGAUGCCAGUGCACUCAAGAGAAAAGAAGGAGAGCAACCAUGAAGAGAUGGAGGUGGAUUUCGCAGAGCAAGAGGGGAGCACUUCAGAAGAUGAGGAUACAGAGAGCUCUUCUGUCUCCGAGGAUGGAGAAAGUUCAGAAAUGGACGAUGAAGACUGUGAAAGGAGAAGAAUGGAAUGCCUUGACGAAAUGACCAAUCUAGAAAAACAAUUUACUGAUCUCAAAGACCAGUUAUAUAAAGAAAGACUCAGUCAAGUUGAUGCCAAACUUCAGGAAGUGAUGUCAGGAAAGGCCCCCGAGUACCUGGACCCUCUUGCAACUCUUCAGGAGAAUAUGCAAGUCAGAACUAAAGUUGCAGGUAUCUACAGAGAGUUGUGCUUGGAAUCAGUGAAGAAUAAAUACGACUGUGAAACCCAAGCAGCGCUCCAGCACUGGGAGAGUGAGAAACUCUUAUUAUUUGAUACGGUUCAGAGUGAACUGGAGGAGAAGAUCAGACGUUUGGAGGAAGACCGCCAUAGUAUAGAUAUUACCUCAGAGCUCUGGAAUGAUGAGUUACAAUCAAGAAAAAACAAGAAGAAAGAUCCCUUCAGUCCAGACAAAAAGAAAAAGCCUGUUGUUGUGUCCGGGCCAUAUAUAGUUUACAUGUUGCAAGACCUGGAUAUACUGGAGGACUGGACUGCUAUUAGAAAGGCCAUGGCAACAUUAGGACCUCACAGAGUAAAGACUGAUGUGUCUUCAAAGAUUGAGAAACACCAGCACAAUGCCCGCUCGGAGGAUGGACGCUUGUUUUACGACGGGGAUUGGUACAGCCGCGGACAAGCCAUAUGUAUUGACAAGAAAGACGAGUAUCCUACGAGUGCUAUAAUAACAACAAUCAAUCACGAUGAAGUCUGGUUCAAACGAGUCGAUGGGAGCAAGUCAAAACUCUACAUCUCACAGCUUCAGAAAGGCAAAUACUCCAUAAAACAUGGCUGAUCUACCCGAGAUCUGGUCAGAUGUCAGUGCGGCAGUCUGAAAUGUUUAAUAGUGCCAUUUUAUGUACAGUAUAUUGUGAUUUAAAUACCUUUUUUUAUGUUUGAAAACAGAUACGUUUGUGUAUUGUCUGUCGUUUGAAAUGUGGGGAAAGCUGAUGUUAUUUUAUUGUACAGUAUAUUAAAUGCAACACCAUUUGUAAGAUUAUGAGGCUGGACAAAUUCAACCAUGUAUUUUAAUUACAGGUGAAGUUCCUACAAUGAGGUGUUAUACUUUUGUAUUUUGACGACUGGGUUUAUUUGCCAUCUAAAUUCUGCUCAGUUAAUGCCGUUCGAACCCAGUUCUGAUGUGUAGUAAUUUUUAAUGUUGUGUCAAGCCACCAAAUUGUAUCCUACUUUUAUUUUUUACAUUUCUGCCUCAUUAUUGUGUUCAUAUAUACAAAUGACAGUUUCCAUCCUUGGUAACUUUUUAGUGUAAUGAUGAAACGCUCUUGUCCGUCCAACAUCUUUUAUGAAAUACAGAUUAAGGAUUUUUAGGAGUGAAUAAACAAGACGUUAUCACAACUUCUCAGAGUCUCAGGCCUUUAAACAGCUGUUUACUGUCUAUUGUGUUAAGAUGUGAUCUGAUGCUGCUCUAUAUUUCCAGUCUGGUCAAGCCAAUACUUUUUAUCAUACAUUGUAAUGUACAUCUUAGCUCUGUGGUCAUUGGUUGUGUUUUUAUUUUAUGUGGGGUUAUAUCACCACCCUCUGGUUUGUUGUUGUACUGUGCCUGUUUAACAUUUCUUGUUUUAUCCAUACUUUAGAAAAUUCUGUGCUGAAUGUAUUUUUUGUCAGUUUCUAAUUAAUUCACAUUGAACAAACUCUCAAAUACAGCAUUUCAAUAUCAA